AUGGCUAAAUUUAGUUUGUUUGCGCUAGCCACCUGGGUGGGCCUAGCUGCAGCCAAGGAUGUCUACCUGAACUGGAACAUCACUUGGGUUAAUGCUUCCCCAGAUGGGUUUGAGCGCCCGGUCAUUGGUAUCAAUGGCCAAUGGCCCUGCCCGCAGAUUGACGUGAACGUGGGCGACCAACUGAUCGUAGAUGUCUACAAUGGUCUUGGAAACGAGUCCACGGCUAUCCACUGGCACGGCAUGCACCAGGUUGGCAGUGGUGUUAUGGAUGGCGCGGUUGGAGUCACCCAGUGCCCACUUCCCCCUGGCUCGCACAUGCAAUAUCACUUCGAUGUCGACCAAGCUGGAACAUACUGGUAUCACUCACACAACGCCGGCCAGUACCCGGAUGGAUUCCGUGGUGCUCUGAUUGUCCACGACCCUAAGCCUCCCUUCCACUAUGAUGAUGAGUUCACACUCACCCUGAGUGACUGGUACCACCGGGAGAUGCCGGAUUUGCUGAGCUCGCCCGAGGUGGCCAGAGGCCAAGAGCCCCUCCCUGACUCGGCAUUGAUCAACGACUCGACCAAUACCAAGAUCAAGGUUCUGCCUAACAAGACGUAUCUUGUUCACAUUAUCUGCGUUGGAAACUGGCCCGGUCAUUUCUGGGUCAUCGAUGGCCACGAGAUGACUGUCGUGGAGGUUGACGGCGUCUAUACCGAUCCCUACCCUGCUGGAGACAAGUUCUUGCGUGUUGCAACUGGCCAGCGUAUGAGUGUCUUGAUCAAGACCAAGGCUGAUGCAAGCCAGAACUUUGCUAUCUGGGAUACUAUGGAUGUUAACAUGAUGUUCAUCUUCGAAAAUCGCACCAUUCCGGAAAACUACAACCCCAAUGCCACCGCGUGGUUGGUGUACGACGAUGCCAAGCCCCUGCCUCCUCCUCCCGUCUUCCAUCACAUAGACUUCCAGGAUGACUUUGUGGAUGAUGUCACUUUGGUACCAGCAGAUCACCAGCCCUUGCUCGAGCCGGUGGACCACCAGAUCAUCCUGGAGACCGGUGGCGCAUUGGUCGACGGUGUUCCUCGCUUCACUGUUAACAACAAGACCUACAUCGGCCCGAAGGUGCCGUCUCUCUACACUGCCAAUACAGUCGGUCCCGAGUUUGCCUCCAACCCCGCCGUAUAUGGCCAAGUAAACCCCUUCGUCGUGAAGCACAACGAGGUCGUCGAAAUCGUGAUCAACAACCACCAUAAUAACCUGCACCCAUGGCACUUGCACGGUCACCAGUUCCAGGUUCUGCAGCGCACCCCAGUCGAUGGCGGCUACUACACCGGCCUCUCGAGCAACGUCUCCAAGACCCCGAUCAGACGUGAUACCAUCAUGGUUCAGAACCACGGCCACACUGUCAUCCGCUUCCGCGCCGAUAACCCCGGUGUCUGGAUGCUUCACUGCCACAUCGAGUGGCACGUUGAGGCUGGUCUGAUGGCCACCAUUAUCGAGGCUCCCGAGACCUUCGCCAAUACGGUGCACGCUCCCCCAAAGAGCCACUACGCAGCCUGCGCCGCGUACCCGCAACCCGUCAGCGGCAAUGCCGCUGGCAAGAACGGUCUUGACUUGAGCGGACUCGACACCAAGGCUACCGCCGGCAGUCACGGAGCUCUGUAUACUGCGACCAAGAGCACCAAGACUGCCGCUGCUGCGCAUCCAGCUCAGCAAUCGUCGCAAGCAGCGGCGCCAAAGCCACAACCCCAGGCUCCACAGCCCGAGUCCCCGCCGGCGGCACCCAGUCCUAAUGACAACCCCGCCAACGUCGCGAGUUACUGGCCAGUUCCUCACACGGGUGAGACAAAUAUCUAUUUUGACAGUCCUGACAAAUCCCAUGACCAUCACAUCACCGUCCACGAGGAGUCCACCAACGGCCCGUGGCCCAACCAAAAUACCCACAGCGGUUAUGUUAUCGAUGGCGACAAGAAAUAUCCCCUCCCAGAAUCUGGUUCUGCUGAUAUUUUGAAGGAGAUCAAGGAUUGGGAAUAA